AUGGAAGGCCUCAGAACUCGAAAGCGAAAAAACCCAAACUACGAUUUCGUCCCAAAAACUAAAAAGCUCAAAGUCAUCAAAAAUUCAAUCGAAGUUUGCUGUUUGAAGUGUUCCACACUGUACAAUAAAGAAGAUGAGCACUUCUGUCAAUGUAAAACAGGACUCAUUAACAUAGGAAAUUCUUGCUAUCCCUUUUUAAUAAAUAAUUUUUAAAAUAAAAUCCAUGAAAUUCGCCUCAUUUUUUAAUGAUAUAUUCAGUUAUUUUUAAUAUAUAUAAAUUCAGUCUUUCAAGUUUUCGCUGACCUGAUGGUUCCUCUCUAUAUUACUUCAGACUCACAGCUAGGCUUAAUGAUAAAAAGUUUGCGUUCAUAUUCUGAGCAGCCUAUUUCUACUGAAAUUGUAUUAACAGAACUUGACCAUUUAUGGGAACAUAAAAAUGUCCAGGAAGACGCACAUGAAUUUUUUAUAGCUAUGCUCGCAGCUUUUAACGGGUCAGUUUUUCAAUUUUCGACGCAGUCCGAGUGUUUUUGUGAGAGCUGCAACUUGAGUUUUAUCGGGGAUUUAAAAGAAGAUAUACAUUUUUACCUUAAAUUUGGAUUUUUUAUAAUAAAAGUAAGUAAAAUUAUUAUUAAUGUUGUAUAGAAAUAAUACUUUUCAUAUGAUGAUUGAUGGAUCGACCUUACAAGAACAAAUAAAUGGAAGCAUGGAAGAAAUUUUAGCUGACUGCCCAAACUGCACAUGGCCAAAACUUACGUGCUACAAAACAAUAAUAAAACCUCCUGAAAUCCUUGUGGUAAAAAUGAACAGGUUCCAAUUCAACCAGACCACCGGAAAUGCAAGCAAAGUGUCAAGUAAGGUAGAAAUCCCACAAAAUGUUGAAAUCGGGACUAAGAGGUAUAGCUUAUCUGCAGUGAUUCUGCAUAAAAGCAGAUCAUUAAGAUACGGGCAUUACACUACUUAUUUUCAUAGGAAGAAAAUUUUAAUUGACGACGAGGUGGUUUUUUACAACAAAACACUGAAGCUGGACCAUGCUCAUUUUUACAUAGCAUUUUAUUCAUAA